CACACUGCUAACCCUAAACUAAAACCUAACUUUCAAUUACGACCAAAAAGCUAAGUUUUUUGCAACAGAUCAAAUGUUUCAAAACGUUUUGCAACAGAUCAAAUGUUUCGCUACGGAAUUCGACUAAUGAAUACACCCAGUUGUAUUGAACGCAACAAUAGGUCCCCCAAAUUGACAGCUGGGAGAGAAGAAAUGGCGAUGCUAGGAUCCUUUAGCUCUGCACAGCAGAAGAAAAAUGUUUCUGGAGGCGACAGGGACGUGACAGAGUUCCUCUGCCCGGUUUGUCUGGAGAUUUUUGAUAGCCCUGUCACAACACACUGUGGACAUACGUUUUGUCAAAGUUGUCUGCAGGCGUGCCUGCGGCCCCAAAAGCCAGUGUGUGCCGUGUGCAGGGCAGCACUGGGUCACUGGGCUAAAGCCACUGACCUAGAUGCCCUCAUACACACCUCUGUGGCGGCCUGCAAGGGCUGCGGAGCACAGGUUGGCCUGUCCCAAAUGAGAAGCCACACGGCAGCCUGCUCCAAGUACCAGGAGUACAUUGAGGAGGGCGUCAGGACCACUGCCCAGACCCAGCCUAACAUUAUCGGCUCUGUGCCCAACCCCUUCACCUUCUGCCUGUACUGUAACUGUCCCCCUCUCUCUCCAGCUCUGUGCCCAACCCCUUCACCUUCUCCUGCCCCUACUGUAACUGUCCCCCCCUCUGUCUCCAGCCCUUUGCCGAAUCGCUUCACCUUCUCCUGCCCGUACUGUAACUGCCAGAACCUUGACCAGGACGGCCUGGUGGAGCACUGCACUUCCCAGCAUGCCCGGGACACGCGCCACGUGGUGUGUCCUAUCUGUGCCUCUAUGCCUUGGGGAGACCCUAACUACAGGAGCGCUGACUUCUUCCAGCACCUCAAGAUUAGACACACCUUCUCUUAUGACACCUUUGUCGACUACUCCACAGACGAACACACUAUGAUCCAGGAGGCUCUACAACGCUCCCUCAUGGAGAACUGAGGUGGUGUAUGUCUGGAGGAAAAGGGGAAUUGGGUGUGGGGGGGGAACUGCACUGCACCCUCCUUGAGCUGGGCUAGUGGUGUAACCAUAGGCAGAAGAAUAUUAAGGGUGGGUGCAACUUCCUGCCUGCAUAACCAGGAAGCUUUGAGCCCUACUGAACAACUCCUAUCACUUUAAUAUUAGACAAUUCUCAUUCAAACAUAAAUAAACCAAUACAAGUUGAACACAGUUAAUGUGCUUUCUGGUGUAGAAGAGUGAUGUCCCUGUAUCUCUCCAGGGAAGCGUGUUGUAAAGAUCAUUCAUAAUCCACUAAGUCAUUAUGAUGUUGAUCUGUUCAUUGGUGACAUUGUCAUUUAGGCCUAAUGUACCUGACUCCCAAAGUUAUGUUAGGUUGCUACUGUUGAUUCUGCAAUAAGAGGCUUUGACCACUAGGUGGCUACCCUUUGCCAACAAAAUGCAAUGAGACUUUGUUCUUCAAUGUGAGAAAGCAUUGUAAGGUGUAAACUGCCAGUAACUCUUAUUCCAGGAGGAAUGUUUAUAUAAUGUGUACUAUAAUACUUUUUCUGAUGAGAAUAGAUGUCUAAGUCUCAAACCUUCUCUCUGUGGUGUUCACACAAGAAAAUUAAGUAGUCUUUUUACUGUAUCGUUUUUGAUUUUCUCCCAAGUAGAGACAUGGGUCAGUGUGUUUCCUCGGAGCCUAGACUACUGAAUAUGGGGAUAGAGGCUGCAUUCUGAGAGUAGGACUUCUAUGCAUGUGACAUAAGAGCCAUAUUCCUUGAAUGUGGCAUUCCUCCGUGUAACCUCUCACGGUUUUCGAGGCGCAUGCUAGACUCUCUUGCUGGUAGAUGGCUUUCAUUUAAGACAUCUGUAAGUUAUUUAGUAUUGAUUGGUUAAGAUAUUAAGUAUGAACCUCAUACAAUCAGGCAGUAUCUGUCGUUUUAUAUAGUUUAUCGUUGGACAAUUGGAUUUGAUGCACUGCUAUGGGCACCCAGUAGGCUGUAGUUCCCCUGUUUGGCCAAAGGAGGGCAGUAGAGCUCCAUCACUCUCCAUCUAAUAUUAGAGGCACUGUUCCAUUUACAGCAUCAUCUCUAGACUUGCUAUUAGGAGUGCAGGCUUUCGUUCCGGUCCAGCACUAGCCUACACACACCUGUUUCGAAUAAUCAACUACUCAUAGUCUUCAAUAUGAACCACGAUAAGAUGGAUCAAGUACUGGGCUGCAUCAAAAGCCUGCUUACCUUGACUCCUGGGUGACACCCUUGCUCUGCCAUAGCUGGGUGGCUUUCAAUAGCAGCAAAAUAAGAAAACAUAUUUAGAGUACGAACUUAUUCAAUAAGAACAUUUUUCUGUAUUUCAAAACAUGUUCUGCUAUCCGUUCCUCCUGAACAUGGCCCUAAUGUUGAUGGUGAACAUUUGGAUGAGAAAUUCAGAUGCAUCAGUAAAGAAUGUGUUUUUAUUUGUGAAAGCGUAUCCUAUUUAAUAAAUGAUUGUUCUGUCUUUGUAGAGCUACUGUAUCUUUCUCUUUUACAGAGCUUUCACAUUAUGCCAGAGUUACUGCCACAAGUUCAUAAAACAUACAUCGACUUGAAGUUUUAAUACAUUGAUCAGUUGUGUGGUCAAGGAAAUGAUGUAACUUUAAAGGGUGAGGCCUGGAAUGUGUAUGAGGGGAGAAAAUAACAUUGAAAUUGAAUGAUUUACAUUUUUGACUGAUUUUCAUAAGUGGAGGUCGAAAAUAAUAAUAAAAUGCAUAAUUUUCCUUCAGAUCAAUCAAUAGCUAGGUUAAUGAAGGCUUUUGUUUAUAAUUUGAGAAAUGUUCAUUGUGUAAUUUUUCUUAAGCAAGUGUUGUGUUUAAAAUCUACGAACUUGUGGUAACUAGGAUAAGUCACGCUCAGCUGAAGUAGCACUGGUUUGGAGGCUGAAUCUGGUUUUGCAUAAUUGUACUUUUUUUUUGUUUUUUUUUCUCCAAUAAAAAUCUUUGUGUGAUAAAUGUG